AUGAAUCAGACCUUGUUGAGUGAGUUUACAGCUGAUGAAGUUAAGCAUGCCUUAUUCCAGAUGCACCCCUCCAAGGCUCUUGGGCCCGAUGGGAUGUCCCUCUUCUUUUUUCAGAAAUACUGGGACGUUGUGGGCUGUGAGGUGACAGCGGCAGUAUUGGAUUUUCUACGGACUGGUAGGCUCUUGCCUAAACUCAAUUUCAUGCAUGUUGCUUUUAUUUCGAAAGUGAAGGAUCCAACAAACAUGACCCAACUUCAUCCUAUCAGUUUGUGCAAUGUGAUCUACAAGAUUGGGGCUAAGGUUUUGGCAAACUGCUUAAAAUUAAUUUUGAAUGAUGUGAUUGGUGUUCAUCAAAGUGCUUUUGUCCUAGGCUGUAUGAUCUUUGAUAACUCGAUUGUCGCUUUUGAGGUGCUUCAUCAUAUGCAUAACCGUACUCAUGAUGAGUGCCAGCAACUGAGCUACAUUUUUCAAUCCUAUGAGCGGGCUUCUAGACAAAGAAUCAACUUACAGAAGAGUUGCAUCUCUUUCAGUAGCAAUGUGGAGAUGUCCAGGCAACAAGCCUUGGCCCAAAUUCUUGGGGUGCAACGAGUGGAUAAGCAUGACAAAUACCUGGGCAUACCAACUUUUAUUGGCAGAUCUCGUAAUUUCUAUUUUGCCCUACUUAAGGAACGUGUUUGGAAAAAGCAAGCCAUGGCCAAAUAUUGGUGGGGCGAGACUGAAGAUAAAAGGAAGAUCCAUUGGAUGAGCUGGAAUCGCUUAUGCAAGCCUAAACGUGAGGGUGGAAUGGGCUUUCGAAACCUCUAUGCCUUCAACAUGGCUCUGCUAGCCAAGCAAGAUUGGAGGAUUUAUCAUCAGCCCCACUCCCUUCUGGCCAGAGUGUUGAAAGCAAGAUACCACAAAGACUAUUCAAUUUUGGAAGCUUCUGAAGGUCAUGCUCCAUCUUAUAUCUGGAGGAGCCUGUGUGAUUCACGAGUUAUAACUUCAGCAACUGUGGCAGGUCAUGAAAAUGCUUUAGUAUGUGAGCUUAUUGACCUGGUCUUGCAUAAGUGGUGUGAGGAUCUGGUUCAUGCCUGGUUUGGUGCUCAAGAGGCCUAUUGUAUUCUUCACCUCCCACUUAGUUUUAGAAGCCCAGCUGAUCGGCUGGUGUGGCACUAUGAAAAGCAGGGUGAUUUGACUGUGCAUAGUGCCUACAAGGUCCCCCGCCAGUUCCUUUUUGAGGAGGCUGGGGAAGGCUCAUCCAAUCGUGACAACUACUACGGUGUCUCAACUAAGGCAUGGUCUCGGCUUUGGCGGGUAUGUGUUCCACCAAUGGUUAAGGUUUUUGUUUGGAGGGUACUCCAUAAUAUUCUCCCUACCAGGGACCGAUUGCUCAGUAAGGGGGUCCAAGGCGAUUUAGGUGGUUAUGUGCUGUGUGGAGCCCGGGAGGAGUCCUUACCUCAUGUUCUAUUGGAUUGCUCUUUCAGAACCUUAAUGUUAGGAGAAUGA